ACAGCUGUUUUGUUGACGAAUUUGUGUUUUUUCGAGGUGUUGUUUACGUUGCUCUAAUAAAUAAAAUGGAAAAGCUUGAAGCGCUUAAAAUUUCGACAAUGCGUCCGCGCAGCAAUAUACUGGAUCGACCACUAUCCAAGGGCAAAUCCGAGGUUUCACACAGCAUUGUGGCUUUGCUCUUCAGUGAAAUUGUUCAAUACUCCCAGAGUCGAGUUUUCACAGUUCCCGAAUUGCAGACAAGAUUACACGAUUUGGGUCAGGAUGUGGGCACACGCAUCAUUGAUUUGUACUUUGUGCGCGAACGCAGCUCCAAGCGUGAGACGAAGCUAACACAAAUGUUGCUCUUUGUGAAGACAACCGUGUGGAAGAACUUGUUCGGCAAGGAGGCCGAGAAAUUGGAGCAUGCCAACGACGAUGAGCGAACCUACUACAUCAUUGAAAAGGAACCACUGGUAAACACAUUCAUCAGUGUGCCCAAAGACAAAAGCUCACUGAAUUGCGCCAACUUUACGGCUGGCAUUGUCGAAGCGGUAUUAACACAUUGCGGAUUUCCCUGCAAAGUAACGGCACACUGGCAUAAGGGCACGACGUACAUGGUCAAGUUUGAGGACUUUGUCAUAGCGCGCGACAAGCAAAUGGAGGAAAAAUAGAAAUAUGCUUAAAUUAUUAAUAAAAAUAACUUCUAAUUACAAAUACCCAA